CUCCUCUCUCCUCUUUCCUCUCUUCUCUCACCCUCUCUCCUCUCUCCUCUCUCCUCUCUCCUCUUUCCUCUCUCCUCUCUCCUAUGUGGCAAAAACUACCCUAUAUUUGUAAUAACUUCUUCCAUUACAGUAAUUUAAGCAUAACUUUUUAAAAUUGCUGUACUAUUGAGAAAAGUCCCCCUCCUCUGAACCACCAGCUUCCACACCCAAAUCCUCAGCCAUGGCCUCUCACUUCAAACUCGCCUCAUUUCAUAGCCCAUCAACCUCAAUUCAAUGGAUCACACUCGUUUCAUCCUUGAUCAAACCCCUUCUCCCACUGAUUUCUCUUGGAACUCCUUGAUCAGGGCCUACACCCUCCACCCUCCACGACUCUCCACAAAAUUCUCUGUCUCUAAUGCUUCGGAACGGCGCUAAACCGAGUAAUUUUACAUACCCAUUUGUUCUAAAAUCUUGUUCAACCUUAGUUCGGUGUUUGAAGGUGAACACUUUCAUACUCAUGGUUUAAGAUUGGGUUUUGUAUCUGAUUAUUUGUGUGUAAUUCUUUAAUAGAGAUGUGUUGUAAGUAUUUUUGUCUUGAUUCCACUCGGAAUUUGUGGGUUGAUAUGGAAUUUAGAGAUGAGGUUUCUUGGAAUUCGAUCAGGGUAUGUGCACUGAGGUGAGGUUGAGAGGCACGGGAGUUGUUCGAAGAAAUGCCAACCAGAAGGAAUGUCGUUCGCCGGACUGCAAUGAUAAAUGUUUAUGGGAAAGAAGGGGAUUUUGUUGAGAUAUUGAGUUCUUUUUUUUUUUUUUUUUUUUUUCCGGAUGCUUGUUUCGGCUGAUGAGGUCCAACUCAAUGCAGCAACAAGAGUGUGUCUACUGUCUGCCUGUUCAACUAUCUGUAAUUAUGGAGUUGGAAGGUUCCUUUCGGUUUUUAUCGAUGUUUAAAAGAUCCCUUUGAAGGCAAUCGUGUUUACUGCUCUUGUAGACAUGUAUUCUAAGUGCGGGGAUGUGGAGAAAGCUUGGAGAAUCUUUGAUGGUGUUUCUUGUAAGAAGCUGCCUUCUUGGAAUGCCACCAUUUCUGAACAUGCGCAGUGUGGACUUCUUGAGGAAGCAAUUGAUUUAUACUGUCUCAUGAAAGCUCAGUCCUUGAAACCGAAUGAGAUCAUGCUGGUGAAUGUGUUGUCUGCUUGUGCUGGCUUAGGGGCACUGGAACUUGGGAGAGAAGUUCAUCUGUACCCUAAAUGGCUUAGAGCUAAAUGUGAUUCUUGCCACUGCUGUGGUUGAUAUGUAUGCAAAGUGUGGUAAAAUUGAUGAUGCUUGUUUGGUUUUUGUCAAGACAAGCGAGAAAGAUGUAGCUUUGUGGAAUGCCAUGAUACUGGGCCUGGCUUACCAUGGUGAUGGAAGUGAUUCUUUAGCGGUUUUUUCACAGAUGGAGAGGACUGGCGUGCAGCCCAAUGAUGUCACAUUCAUUGGAGUUUUAUCAGCUUGUAACCACUCAGGAUUGGUAGAAGAGGGAAGGGUUCAGUUUUCUAGUAUGGCUGAUAAACAUGGAUUGUCUCCCAAACUUGAGCAUUGUGCUUGUAUGUUAGAUCUCCUUGGCCGGGUUGGGCAUCUCAAAGAAGCAUAUGAAUUGGUCCAGAACAUGGAAGGUGGAAGGACGUUGCUAGAGUUAGGAGACAGGUAAAAGCGAAAAGGAUCGAAAAGCCUUCUGGUUGUAGUUAGGUUGCAGUUGAUGGUGCUCUUCAUAGAUUUGUAGUUGAAGAUACAACUCAUUUGAAAUCUCAGGAGAUCUACAGCACCUAUGAAAUUCUGAUUGAUCAUUUGAAGGCUGAAGGGUAUGUGUUAAAAGCUGGUUUCUCAUGGAGGGAUUGAUUGAAUUCUGCUGAUGGGAGAAGGCAUUAUGGGGGUUAGCAUAUGACUUAAUAUUUGGAACCAAACAUAACCUAAAAGAACUGUUUAAGUUUUAGCACACUGGUUUUUUGUUCGAGACCA